UUACUUUGUACUUCUAAGUUUAUGGCGAUGCAAACAUAGAAGUUUCCGGUAGACUAUAACUAUAAUAAAAGUAGAUCUAAAAGCAAAACAAACAACAACAAAUAAAAUGUUUGGUAAGAAAAAAGCACAGGAUGGAGGUAGAGAACCAGGUAAAAGAAAAGGAGCUGAAUUAAUGAAUCAGAUGGGAUUUUCUGGCAUUCCUGGUAUUGGGGACGUUGAUGGUGUGGGUUAUGGAAAUGACGAUGAUGAUGAUGAUGAUGAUGACUUGGAAGCAGAAUUGGCUCAACUUGCAGGAGAAGACUAUUCUCCAGCCAAAAAAUCAAAGCCUAAAAAGAAAGGUCAUUUGCCUAUUACUGAUAUAGAAAAGCUUGCAGCAGCUGGAUUGCGAGAUAUAGAUGAUAAUGUCUCUGAUACAGAUGACCCAGAUUUACUGGCAGAGCUGGAAGACUUGCAAGAUGAUAAUGAUGAAGAUCAGGGCCCUCAUUAUCAAAACACUAGCCCACAGAAAGUUGUCUCACCACCUGAGAUAUCACCCAAGCCGACCCUCCCUUCAGUCGCACCUCGAACUCAAACAGUCCCACAGGCUGCACAUCCUACAGCAGCUCCAAGGCCUGCACCUGCUUCUUCUACUGCACAGCUAGCACCAACUCCAGCAGCUAGGCAGCCUGCAUCUACGUCUCCUAAACCACCUGUUGGGGCAAGUGGGAGUGCAGGAGGCCUUGUUGGUUUGCUAGAAGAGCGAGUCAAUAUGUAUAAACAAGCAAUAGCUGCUGCCAAAACAGCAGGAGACAGCGCCAAGCAAAGACGCCUUGAUCGUGGCCUUAAGACAUUAACGGACCAGUUACGCCAAGCUAAAGCAGGCAAACCAGUCAAUGAGGAAGAGAUUCCUCCCCCUGUUGCUAUGGGUACAAGUGUUGCACUGGAACAACCAACCACAUCUGCUGAAUCUGUUCCUAAAAGUAAUUCUAGUGAUCUCAAACCUGCCAUAUCUAACUCAAGUAUUUCUUCAGUUUCAUCCCAAUCUGCAAUCAAUUCAGAUACAAAACAGAUUCUUCUUUCAAGAAGGGAUGAGUAUAGAAAGGCAGCUUUUAAGGCCAAGCAAGAUGGUGACAUGUCCAAGGCCAGUAGCCUUGUUAAAGUUGCCAAGCAAUUUGAUUCUGUGAUACAAGCUUUUGAGGAAGGCAAACCAGUUGAUUUAUCAAAGAUGCCACCAAGUCCAUCAGACAGUGCAAGUACAGUUAUACAGACUUCAAGUAAACCACAGUCAGUCACCCCAGUACAGAGAAUAAGUGUUCAGGCCGCUGGGGAAGACGCUGAGCCAGAGAUACCUGUUAUAAGCAGUGAACAAGAAAAAGCUUUAUUUCAUGCCCCUGAUGCACCUAAAUCAGUGAUGGAAGCCCUGACACAGAGACUGGAAAAAUACAAGUCAUCAGAAGCUGCAGCUAAAACAGAAGGGGAUUCAGGGAAAGCUAGAAGGAUGGGCAGAAUAGUGAAACAAUAUGAAGAUGCUAUUAAGUUAUACAGAGCUGGAAAGCCAGUUGAUUUUGAUGAGCUGCCAACACCUCCUGGUUAUGGACCAAUACCUCAAGACAAAUCUCCUGUGUCAGCUACAGCAGCUAGACCAGCACCAGCAGCCAUGGCUCCACCUGUUGCUCAGAAACCUCUAGCACCACCUGUAGCACAGAAACCAGCAGUUUCCUCAGCUCCACAAUUAGCUCCUAAAUCAGGCAAUCCACAGGGCCCAUCUGCUUCUCAAACUCCUGCUCCUUCAACAUCUGCUCCUCCAUCAAUCCAAAGACAGAAUACAACUCGUAAAAGUCUUCAUAGUCGAGGGGAGCAACAGCUUGCAUUUCUCCAGGACAGAAUGGCCGAGUUUAAACAAGCAGCAAUGAAUGCUAAGAAAAAUCAUGACAUUGAAUUGGCCAAGAAAUAUAUAAGAAUGAUGAAGGGUAUAGAGCCAAUGAUUGAGGCUUGUGAAAGUGGACUUCCAGUUGACUUGUCACAGGUUCCUCCCUCUCCUGCAGGGAUUGAUGAUGGAGAAGAUAAGUUUGUUGUUGUGUCCGCUGAGGACUGUGAGCCCACAGGUGAUAGAGAUGAGGUUUUCAAGAAUUUACAAGCUGAUCUGGUCAGACAGAUAAGGAUAUGUGUUACAAAUGCUCAACAUUAUCAAAAACUUGGAGAUGUUCCAGCUGCGGCUAGGUAUGAAAAGCUUGAGCAGAACUGUAGGCGUGACCUUGAUGCAUUGAAAAACUGUGAGAGACAUGGUGAUCCUGUACCUAAAUUUCAUUAUGAAACAAAAACAUUUUCCAUGGUUCAGUGCAAUACAGAGCUAGGGGAUGGUGAUUUAGAGUUAACCAUUAUCAGAGGUAUACAGUACAAUAUACCCUCUGGUUUAUCCGAGAAAGAUAUGGAUACUUCUGUUAAGUAUGAAAUGGCUUUUCCUACAGAACAGCCUCAAACAGGUGGUACAGCAACUGUCAAAGAUACAAUUAAUCCAGAGUACAAUGAGUCAUUUAAGCUGCAGAUCAAUCGCAAGUCUAAAGGCCUCUACAGGUUUGUGGAAAGAAAAAGUAUCAAACUUGAUGUUUUUCUUAAAAGGGGGUUCUUCAAAGGAGAGAAACUACUUGGUACAGCCAAUAUAAAACUUCAACCUUUAGAGAAUCAGUGUACGAUUCAUGAAAGUUUUGAUUUGAUGGAAGGAAGAAAAUCUGUAGGUGGUAAAUUAGAGGUAAAGGUUCGAAUCAGAGAUCCAUUUAAAAACAAACAGGUGGAUGAGGUGAAAGAAAAAUGGCUAGUUAUUGAUCAAUUCAUUCGAACAUUAGGAUCAAAAAGUCAAGCAGAUGUAAAGGCCCAAAAAACUCAAAGUUUUCCAGGCUUAUUCUAUCAACACUGUCCUGGAACUCUGUGCAUGGAAGUUUUGCGCCUUGAAAAACAAAUGCUAGACAAACAGAUACUUCAAUUGAAAGAUAGUCUAAGUCUAACACAGAAACAAGCCCUGAAAAAUAAAAGUGCUUUAAUUCAAGAAAAAAUUGAUCUUCAGGAAAAAAAGCUUAGGGAAGGUGGUACUGAAGCAUGGAAAGUUUACUAUGCAUCAGUGCAAAAAGAAAAAUUAGGCUUUGAAAUGGAGGCUAGGCAGUUGCUUAAAAUUGGGGACACUCAAAAAGCUGAGGUUUUGGUCAACAAGAAAAGGUUUGCAGAAAAAGAGUUGGCUGCAAUAAAAGCAAAAAUACCAGAUGUCUGAUCACAGAUAGACACUUUUCAAAUAGGAAUGUUAACAGAAAUAAUUUGUAACAUUUUAUAUAAAAAAAAAUAUGUAUAUGCCUGAGUUAAAAUCCUUUAGGCUUUAGUAAUGAAGAAAAGUAGAUCAAUUAUUAUCAUUAAUAACUCAUGUGUUCAUUGAUAGAAGCUCAUGGGUCUGCAUUUUAACUACAUCAUUUGGAAAAGUGGUCAGUGUUUCUUUCUUUUAACUAAAUGUAAUUAUUUUUUGUAGUAAAUUAUAUAUUUAUAGAUAUAAUGCUUAUAUUUUUAUAAUGCCAAUAACAAGCUAGAUUAGAUACAAUGUUUGCUUGUUUAUUAAACUAAAAAUCAAAUGUUUUAUUUCUAAUUGUUUCUUAAUAUUGAUGUAAAGCUUCUACUCUAAUGCUUUGUUGACAAAGUGAUGUUAUGAAUGAAAGUAAUCCAACUUUCAAUUUAUAUUGUACAGCAAUGGUUUCUCUUAUAAAUUUAAAUGUUUGAUUCACAUGAAAGGUUGUUCAUCUCAUUCCUAAUUAAUUUAUUUGAACAAAUGUACAAAUUAAAACUUUUAAUGGUCUGAAUUAAAAAGUAGGACAUAUGGCUGAUUUUCUUAACUGUAUCAGCUGUUUGAUAAACUACAUAUAAUAUAACAUUUACAGAUGAUCCUAAUACUUGACUUUAUAAUUGCCAGUGAAAAAAACAAUUAUUAAAAAAAGAUUUAUUCAAAACAAAUAUUGAAAUUAGCGAAAUAGUCCUUUUUUUUUUUUUUACAAAGCUUAUAUUAACUCUGUCUGUCUGGUAAAUAUUGGAUCCAGUUAAAAUUUAGCACAGUUAUUUCUUGUACCUGACAAUACAAGUAUCAGAUUUUAAAAAUUAACCAAUUUGUUCAUUAUUGGUAUUGAACAAGGGAAAGAAAUUGUACUAUACAGAUGUGGUGAUAUACAUUGAAUUAGUGAACUUUAUACUUUGUGUAGAGAAUUAAGUCAUCUUUUAAAAGUUUUAAAAUUAACAAUAGGUAACUAUAAAUCUUUUUUUUAUAAGCACUUUACUGGCACUGUGAUUAGUAUAUUGGCUUGAGGCGGUUUGAGUCCUCGAGUUUGAAUUCAAGUUGUACAACUUUUUUUUAUAAAAGCAUUUAAAAAGUGAUCACGGUAACAUUCACUCAGAUACCCCCUUCUUCCCCCCCCCCCCCCCCCCUUUUUCAAAAUGGUCCUGGCAGUUGAUAGGAUCAUAGCACAUUGAGAAAACUAAAAGCAUGAAAUUACUUAGCUAAACAAAAACAAUUGGUAAAAAUAUUUAUUAAUUGCUCUAGAUCUAUUACAAAUUUAAUUACAUGACUAUGACUAAUUGAUACAAUAAGCUUCAUUUUUUUUUUUAAAGUAUUUUCAUAUUUUUCUUGUUUUCCAUCUUAUUUCCUAAUUAAAUUGAGAAUUGGCUAGUAUUGAGUUGUAGUGCAUUUAAGCCUAUGAAUAUACAUAAAAUAAAUUUUCAAAUGUGCUGUUACAGCUGUUUAAGUACAUUAAAGUACAUAUUGGAUGACACCAUAUUUGCAACCUAUAUUUGAACUAACUAAUCUGAGGCAUUAAUGCAGUACUUUGAAUUUUGAUAUAAACAAUAAAUAAACAAUUUACCUAUCAUCAAAAACCAAGACCAAUCAUCAUAAAAGGCCUGAACACUGACAUGCAGCAUUGCAACCUGUGGGCAGUGGAGACCAAUAGCUCCUUGCCAGGUCACAGGUCUGGACGUGGCAAUGAGCUAUUGGUCUCCAGGUCAUUGUGAGGCUUUCUAUAACAAAUGUUUUUUUUUAAACUAAAACGUUUGGCUAAGAUAUAACCUUAUGAGUAAGGGCAAUAUAUUAAAAAUAUUUAAAAGAUAUUAGUUUUAGGGUAAACUGCUAGACCCAAGAUAAAUUACUCAGAAUUUCACAUUGGCCAUCAGUUUAGACCCAGUGAAACUCCUUAAUAAUAAAAUUAAGGAGUUUUCAACCAUGUUGUGAUAUAAAAAAUUACUGCUAUUUAAAAUUGCUACUGACAGGUUUUAUUUAAAUUCACCAAAUAUAUGCAUUUUCAAAAGAUUAUCAAUAAACCUUGCACUGUAGAUUUGUAUGUAAAUAUUUCUUUUUUUUUUGUUGUUUUUUUUAUUUUUGUUUACAUUUCAAGUUCUUAUUUUUAUUAUCUUUGAAAUGCCAAUGAUCCUGUGUAUUAUUUACAAAAUUAAUAAAGUCUAAAUUAUAUUUAAAA